GCCUGUGUUUGGCAUCCCCUGUGAUCGCAGCGCUCAAAGACUUGUCGCCAGAGGCGGUGGAUUGGAGCAAGACAAGCGUUUUCUUCACAGGAGAGCGGAACAUCUACUAUCCGAUUUUGCGACCGCUCUUCAGCACUGGCUCCGGACUCCCACCCUUCGCUGUGAAGGAGGCCGCUGCUGCCUACGAGGCCCUUCUGAGGAACCAUCCAUCCAUCGACAAUUCAGGCAAGAUGCCAUCUUUCGACCUCUUGCUGUUGGGUGCGGGAGAAGACGGCCACUGCGGCUCCCUUCAUCCCGAGAGCGACCAGGUCAAAGCGGAGGGCACGGUGAUCAGCAUCUGCCUCUCAGCCCAGGAAAGCAAGAACCAGAUCGCUGUCUCCAUGGAUGUGAUGUGUGCUGCCAAGUGCCUUGGCACGCGGUUCCACGCAGAACGUGGCGUGCGGCUUUUCAUGCUGCACAGGAAGGCCAUUGUGCUUGCCAGAGGUGCAAAGCAGAAAGACACCGUGCGCCGUGCUUUGUCGGGUGUCCACGGUCUCUAUGAUUGCCCGGUGGGCUUGGUCAAGGAUUUGAUCGAUAACCGGGCGGCCUACCGGGCCCUAUGCUUCUCCACACCAGGCUUGAGUGAACACAUCAGUGGGGUGAUUCUCCACUGGGAGACUUUAAUGCAAGAGGAUGCAGAUGGCAAGGCCAUGGUGGAUAUCAUCAGAGGGAACGGCAUGAUUCCCGGAAUCAAGGUGGACAAAGGCUACAACAAGAAGGGCAUGUGGGGAACACCAGUCGGUCCUCUUGGGCACCCGGAGGUGGCAACUGUGGGAUUGGAUGAUCUUCAGCAAAGGUGUGCGCAAGCCUACAAGGAAGGAGCGCGAUUUGCCAAGUGGCGCAACGUCUUGCAGCUGGAUCCAGAGAAAGGCUUGCCAACGGCUUUGGCCAUCAAGGACACCGUCCACACCUUGGCGCGCUACGCCUCCAUUUGCCAGAGCGAGGGCUUAGUGCCAAUUGUGGAGCCAGAAAUUGUUCCCAAUGGUGACCAUGACAUCUACUAUUGCGCAGAGGUGACAGAGAAGGUCUUGGCAGCGCAGUUCAGGGCAUUGGCAGCUCACCACGUCUACUUGGAGGGUGCUGUCCUGAAGCCCAACAUGGUCAAGAAUG